AUGGGUGCUAAGGCUGUCGGAGCCAAGAGAAUUGUGGCUAUCGAUAUUGUAGAAAGUAAAUAUGAUAUGGCUCGCAAGUUUGGAGCUACUGACUGCGUCAACCCGAAAUCAGCACCAUCCGGACAGUCCGUGCAAGCAUGGCUAGUCGAGAAGUUUGAUGGUGGUUUUGACUAUACAUUCGAGUGUAUUGGUAAUGUGCUGACUAUGCGUCAAGCUCUCGAAGCUGCUCACAAGGGGUGGGGUGUUUCCUGUAUCAUUGGAGUAGCUGGAGCUGGUCAAGAAAUUUCCACCCGCCCUUUCCAGUUGGUCACUGGGAGAACUUGGAAAGGAUCUGCUUUUGGAGGCUGGAAAAGCGUUGACAGUGUUCCGAAGCUGGUUGAUGACUACAUGGCGAAGAAGAUUAAGAUAGACGAGUUUAUCACUCACCAGUUUAAAAUUGAUGACAUCAACUCCGCUAUAGAUGUGUUGCACAAGGGAGAGAGUUUGCGUUCCGUGAUGAGUUUCGUAUAG